AUGCGUUCUGUCACUUUAUUAACUAUUUUCGCCUGUUUCCUGGCUUUGGCAUGGUCCGCCACGGUUAACCAACAAGCUACAAAUUUAUUCGAUGUUGAUGCUGGAGUUGCCGCUGGAGCUGAAAGAGUACGUCAAGUCCGACAAUUCUUUGGUCGUCCAGGUUUUGGUGGAUUAUUUGGUCGUCCCGGUCUAUAUGGACGUCCCUAUGGUGGUUUCGGCAGUCCAUAUGGUGGUUUCGGCAGUCCAUAUGGUGGCUUCGGCAGUCCAUAUGGUGGCUUCGGCAGACCUUAUGGCGGUUUUGGUGGCGGUUUGGGUGGAUACCCAGGUGGUUUCUAUGGCUAA